ACCCGGAAGACGUUAUAUGUGGGGGAAACGGAGACUGCGAAACGUGCUGUUGCUGAGUGUUGUGGUUAUAUAACUUGACAACACAAAUUUGUGUAGCUACAGGGUUGGUUAAGAACUUUUACAGUUGCCAUGUCCUCUUACACCUGCAUCAGCUGCCGGGUGGUGUUUGCUGAUGGCGACAUACAGCGUGCCCACUACAAGACAGACUGGCACCGGUACAACCUGAAACGCAAGGUGGCAGACAUGCCCCCUGUCACGGCCGAAAACUUCCAGGAGAGGGUUAUGGCGCAGCGGGCAGCGGUGGAGGUUCAGAGCCAGGGCGCAACCACCCAGUGUAGCAUCUGUGCGAAGAGAUUCUCCACGGUCAACGCCUUUGACAACCACAUAAAGUCCCGGAGGCACCAGGACGCUGAGAAGAAGGCAUCGCAGGCUGCCCAGAAGGAAGUGGAGAGACUGAAUGAGAAGAACCUGGAGAAGGGGCUGGAUCAUGAUGCCAUGAACGCUGCCAUCCAGCAGGCCAUCAGGGCCCAACAGGCAGGUUCGCUCAAGAGUAAGCCUGCUCAGGCAUCAGGAGCUGCCAGCCAGAGCCAGCCCUCAUCACAGGAAAAGAAACGUCCAGACAAGCCACCCAGGCUUCAGUGGUUUGAGGAACAGGCUAAGAAACUAGGGAACGAGCACAUUGAGGGAGAGGAGGAGGCAGCCAUGGAAGAUGUCCCUGAAGAGGAAGACACAUGGGAGGAUUUGGAAGAUCUGGAAGAUGAGGAAAUGGAAGAGGAGUCCGAGUCAACACAUUUAGAAGACACGCCUCCUGGUGUCAUAGCAGUUACAGACUGUCUCUUCUGUUCCCAUCACUCUCGUUCCCUCAUGAAGAACCUGGCCCACAUGACCAAGGUCCACAGUUUCUUCAUCCCUGAUAUAGAAUUCCUGGUGGAUCUAAGGGCUCUGCUCCGGUAUCUUGGAGAAAAGGUUGGAGUGGGAAAUGUCUGCCUUUGGUGCAAUGAAAAGGGUAGGUCAUUCUACUCAGCUGAGGCAGUUCAGGCUCACAUGACUGACAAGAGCCACUGUAAACUGUUCACAGAGGGAGAUGCAGCUCUGGAAUUUGCAGAUUUCUUUGAUUUCAGGAGUAGUUAUCCUGACCAGAAAGAGGGAGGUGAUGUUGAAAUGCAGGAUGAGGAAUUGCCAGAUGAAAGUAAUCUUGAAUAUGAUGAUGAAACAUUGGAGCUGAUCCUCCCGUCAGGGGCAAAAAUUGGCCACCGCUCUCUGAUGAGGUACUACAAGCAACGAUUUGGUGUAUCAAGAGUCGUAGCUGUUGCCGGCAACAGGAAUGCAGUGGGCAGGGUAUUGCGCCAGUACAAAGCCUUGGGUUGGAGCAGUGAUAUGGCUAAAGAUGCAUCGCUGUCAAGACAAAGAGACAUGCAUUACGUUCAGAGGAUGAAGUCAAAGUGGAUGUUGAAGUCUGGAAUGAGCAAUAACUCCACCAAACAGAUGCAUUUCAGAGCACAAGUCAGAUUCUAAGCUUGCGACUCGCACUGAAAUCAACUGCAUGAAGUUGCACAUGUGCAGACUAAUAAGUGCUGUUCACACUGCAAAUUGGUUAAUAAAAAUUAUAGUGCGAAUGAUGACAGUGUGACAAGUUCUUCAGAUCAAUAAUGCCGUAUGACUUUUGAAAUUACAUAACGGUUUUAUUGUAAAUUCUAUAUGAUGGAAAGAAGAGUUGUACAGUAUAGUUUUAUCACACUAGUCAUUGCAAAAACUAAGCAUCUUUUAUAUAAACCCUCUCUCUUUAAAUUGAUUUACAUUCCAAUAUUGAUUAGGUACACAUCUUGCAGAAUCCUUGAUAAGUUGAAAUUGUGCAAUUGCUUGCAGUAAUAUUUUCAAUAUAAUAUAUAUCCGGUUUACCAUUACAAAGAUAACACUUUUGGAUUCCAGUGGUCAUUCUUAAUUGAGACCUUGUGGGUUACAAUUUUAUUAUAUGUCUAAUACCUGUAAUUAAGGAAUCAAUGUUCAAAUUCAAGGGUUGGAUACCAAAUAUACUACUUUAAAGGCAAAGCUCCCUUUUGUACAUAUAAAUAAAUAAAAAAUCUAAAGUAUGUAUUUGGCAAUUUAGCAGCCUGUGGCCAUGUAAUAUUAGACAUCUCAGAAUCUGCAAUGUCCGCUAAGAUAUCGAAUCCCCCAAAAAUAUAUUUUAAUGCCUAUUGACAAGUAGUUGGCCUUAAAUGUAUAUGUAGAGUACAAGGUGGUUUAAUUUAAUCUGGAACGACCUAAUGCAGUAUACUGUAUGUAUACUUGAUUUAAACUGGUAAGGUCUGGACAGCAUGUGCCAGUAGUGCAUUGUAUCAGCCAUCAGAUCUGGGUGUGCGGAUGUGAGGAUCUGGAGGAAGGUGUAUUGAAAGCACUAUUCUGUUGCCAUCCAGCCACUUGUACAAACAAUGGGACAAGUGUAUUUAGAAAGAAGAGUACAUUAGGAAUUACAUAUUUUCUCAAUGUAUUUAAUUCCUUUCAGCAGAUUAAUGCAUUGUUUGUUUACACAGUGAUCCAUUAAUUCCGACCAGUUCAUUCUUUAAUAUCAAACAUUAUCUUAGUUUUGUGCCAAAGCCAAACUAUUGAUUAGCUCCCAAGCCAGAUUGCAAAGAGACGCUUUCACCCCAGUUCACAGCUUCCUUUGCAAAGCUUGAUGAAUUUGGUUGACGAACCCCAUUGCUGUUAAUAUUAAAUGUCAGAGAUCAAUUCUGAUUUCUAUCCAAGGCAUUCCGAAUAACACGUUUGACCUUGUGUUUGUGAUAUUGAUGUCAAGACCGUACUGCUAUGUGCUCUGUCUGUCUCAACUGAAUAAAACAGAAACAAUAAUAUGUAAAUUAAUCUGCUCUUAGUAUGAAUAUAGUGCCACCAAGUUUGAUAUGUUUUAAAGUACAAACUUUACAAUGCCUGCUUAUUACCUGAAAAGUGUGUGUGUGUGUGUGUGUGUGUGUGUGUGUAUAUAUAUAUAUAUAUAUAUAUAUAUAUAUAUAUAUAUAUAUAUAUAUAAACACACACACACACACACACCAUUGACAAUGCCUGAAACAAAUAUUUUGCCUUUGUGCCAACAUUUCUUUCUAAACAUUGCAGUGCCACUAUCUUUCCAUUCAAAUGAUUUAGUUUUAAAAAGCUGGGAUUCACAAUAAUACAGUUGUAUAUUUAGAGUAGUACUUUAUAUAUUAAGCCAGUUAUAAAAAGUAAAACAUGCCACCUAUUAUGCCAUGAAUCUAGAGAAAUAAGAUGAUGACUUUGGCCUUUAAUUGACACUUAAUGUUGUUCAUGGAGAGAAUGUUGUUGGGACCUGUAUGGAAGUGUUAACACUGCUAUCCCUGAUAUUUUAGGGCUGAUAUGCAAGAUUUGCAUCCAAAUAUGCACCCAUUGCGGUUUUUCCAAACUUUAUGCUUCAGGAGUGGAUUUCAGAUUUCAACAUGAAAGGCCAUUUCCACUGUUUUAUAUGUUUUGAAUUGGACAAGUGGAGAUAGCGUCAACGGGUAAAUGUGAUCCUAGAUUGUACGUGUGUAGAACUUUGGAACCAAACCCUGAGGCUGAAUCCAAUAAUAAAUGCAGCUCCCUGAAUGCAAAGGAGCAAUUGAUAAGGAAGGCACAUUAAAUACUAAUUAUAUUAUAAAACAGGUAAUUUUAGCCAUUCUUUCAUUAAAUUGCUUCUGUUUCUGGGAGCCUUUUUUUGUUCUGCAUUUGUCACAUUUUACAUUGAGAUGACAAAAUUGGCUUCUUUGGAUUUCUGUUUCUAAAUCAAUAAUGCUUAUUACAGUCAAAGAUGCGUUGGCAGUCUCUAAGAUGGACUAAAACACAUAGCUGUUAAAUUUUAAAUCACAGGUCAAACGGACAUGUUCCUGCUGCCAAUACAACUCUAGAAUGCAUUGAUGAGAAUUUGGUUUUAUUUCUGUAAUUUAGAAAAUAGUAAAGAACAGAGCUAUAUUUUAUAGUGAUGUCAAAAUAUGUAUUUUUAGUGCUGCAUAUUCUCUUCUGGCUCAGUAUGAUCCAUUGUUCUCUACUCAAACAUCCUCAAAAUUUUUCAAGAUGGAAAUGUGGGCACCACUUAUUUGUCCAUGAUAUUGCUUCUGGAAUUUUUCUGGAACUUUAUAUUAUAAGGGUUGAAUAGGGGUUAUUAUGAACACUUUCAUCAAAUUCAUAACAUGCCAAAAUGUAUAAUGGAAAGGGCAAUUGAUAGCACAGAAAACUGUUAUAAAGUAAUAAAUUCAUGAAGGUUAUCCAUUUGUUAGUUGAUUGUGAAAUGCCUGGAUAGAAGCAACGAUGAAAUAGUUUGAAAGAGCCAUGAUAGUGAAUGCCUGACUUGUGCAUAGCAUAUACAUUCCAUACUACAACUUAAAUUACGGAUCACUGUGCCACAGCUAACAAAUAGUGGGGGAAGGCAACAGCUGCAGAGGGUAAUGACAUCAGAUAGUAAACAAACUGACAAGUCGUGUGGUUCAUUGCCUUUGUGAAACAUUAUUUCCUAAUAGUUCCUAAUAAAGAUGUUUUUAUCUAUUUCAACUGUCA